AUGAAUAGAAGAAAAACAGUCUCAAAGGAAGCUGUAAUAGAUGUUGAGGAUCAAAUCAACUAGAAAGAAUAGAUGUUUGCACCUGUCAUCUAAGUAUACAGAGAUAAUCUCAAUCUAACUGAUAUAUAAGUAGAUUCCAUUACUAGUAUCAUGUAAAAUAUAGAGAUCUUUAAAACUUGGUGUCCAGAAUCAAGUACAUUGUUUGAGUUCACUCGUUUAAUUUGUUAAAAUCUAUAGUAUGAAAGGAUUCAAAAAGAGAAUGCAGUAUUUCAUAUAGGUUUAUAUUUACCACUAUUUCAAGGUGAACAAGGAGACAAAUUCUAUAUAAUCCUCACUGGGAGAGCAGGUGUAUACAUUCGUAGAUAGCAACAAUAAAUAGAAGCUGAAGAAAGUGCUAUGCUUCCAAAAAUCGAAAAAAUUCUUGAAAGACUGCAAAUUAAAACAAUCGAUGAAAUUGAAUAAGAUCAAAAAUUGUCCUUUUAUGAAAAACUUAUCAAAAAACAAUCUAAACCAGUAAAGCAAAUAGAAGCAGAACUGUUAUUGUUAUAUGUUGGUAAUUUUGAUAUGUAUUUUACUAUUAAUGGAAUAUGUAAAUUCUAGUAAUUGUCACAAGUACAUUCUGGUCUCUAUUUUGGAGACAUGGCUUUGACAACUGAUAAACCUAGAGCAGCUAGCAUUAUUGCUGUAACUGAUGUCUAAGCUUUAUCGCUUAAUAAAGCCAAUUUCAAAAAAAUCUUUGAGAAGUAGAUUAAAACACAAUAAGAAAAAAUCGAUUAUUUUCUUAAAAUGUUUCCAACUAUGACUAAAUUCAAAAUGAGUAAACUGAUUAUGUAUUUCACUUAAUACAAAUAUCCAGUCAAUUAUACAAUCUGGAAAUAAAAUGAUGUUGUCGAUGGAUUCUUCCUCUUAAAAGAUGGAGAAAUUCAACUUUAAUAGACUGUUGAUUUUAAUCCACUUCUUAAAUCUGAAUAGAAUCAAAUUAUUUUGUCUCCUAAAAAAGAGAAAUCCAAUCAGAAAGAACUCAUUACAAUAGCUCAUCUUACAGGUGGAUGUUUUGUUGGCGAAACUGAUAUUUAUUUGUAAAACGAAAGAAGAGAUUACGCUGUCAAAACUAUUACCCAGUGCAAUGUAUUUGUUUUGUAAUUAGAUAAUUAUGCAAUUGUCAAAAAAUCCUUUCCUGAAUUUAUUAUACCUCUCUAAUCUCUUCAACAAAAAAACAUAGCCUUAUAUCGAAAAAGAUUAGACGAAAUUGUUUAAACUAAAAUAUCUAAUACUAAUCUUAAUAAAAAAGAGGAAGUCAAAAAUAUUGAAAGAAGAUAUAUCAAUGAAAUUGAAGUCAAAUAAAAAACAUAAAACUCAGUCUAAGAACAAUCCUCCCCUAUUCUCAGGUCCACCUUAUAACCAAAAAUGACUAAAUAAUAAAUGGUUGAAUAAAAUUUGUCAAUUGCAGAUUAACAUACAAAAUCUGAUAUAGCAACUGGUAAAAAUGAAGAAUUCAAUAUGCUCAAAAUGGCUGGAGAAAACUUCUAAAAAUGUUUGAUUAUCAGAGUUGAAAAAUAAUUUGAAUAAUUUUAGCCUGCAAAACCCAAGAGUAAGACUCCUUAUUUUAGUAAACAUCAAAAAGACAUUAAAGAUCUACUUGAAUAAAUUAGAAGACAUCAAUUACCUUAAGUUUAAUAAAAAGAACCAAUUGUAUUUAAUUAACAACAAGAAGAAGAUUUACAAAACAAUAAUCUGCCAUUCCUAACCAUGACCAAACAAUAACUAAGAAUUAUUAAUCCUUUAAUUUAAUAAAAAGUGGAAAUACUCAAAUAAUGUCUAAGUCGCCAAUCUCAUACAUCUAUUUCGAAAUCUAAAUCUUUAUGUUAAACAACAGAUCAAUUUUAUAAAGCUAAAGCAUAACAAGGAUUUAUACUCACUGAUACUAUCUUUCCUUACAAACCAGUGCAUAGUACUAAAAAUAGCAAUAAUUAACAUUAUAGUAAUUUUAAAGUUUUCUAGAGAAAUAAGACAACACAAUAAAGUCAAAUAUAAAAAAGAUCAUGUCAAGACAUUACAGACACUAAUUUUUUUAGUUCUUAGCCUACAGUCUAAUUCACAUGA